AUGUGCUCAAGAUAUUUCCAGAAGAAGGUUGACGAAGCCUUUGGUGAUCUUCCGGUAACAGGGAUAGCCGUUGAUAUCGUCAUAUCAGGCAAAACCCGUGACGACCACGACAAGAAUCUGAAGGCAGUCAUGGAGCGUGCACAAGAAACCGGCGUCCGAUUCAAUCCAGACAAGUGCCAGAUUGCACGUACAGAAUUAUCAUUCUUUGGCCACACCAUUAGUGCUACUGGUCUCAAGCUGGACCCCCGAAAAAUUGAAGCCAUCAGAAAUAUGGAUCCCUCUACAAGUCUCCCAUAUCUGCAGACCUUCCUUGGAAUGGUUCAAUAUCUUGGUCAGUACAUUCCAAAUCUAGCCUUUGUUUCAGCAGUCGUAUGGGAUCUUAUACCAAGAGCGCCAAUGUGUUGCAAUGGAAUCCUGAACACCAGCAGGCAGCAGAUAAGGUGAAGAAACGCAUCGCCUCCCCUGGUAGCCUCCAGUAUUUUGACGGUAGCAAAACAGUCACCAUUCAAGUGGAUGCGUCUAUGCAUGGUUUAGGAGCGACAAAUAUAAAAUUCCGACAUACAAGACGUCAACCAAUGAAAAAUCUUACAAAAUCCGAACAUCAAGAAUAUGGAACACACUACCUAAUCAUAUUACAUCCAAAGACCGAAUAUUUUCAGAAUUCAAGAAUCUUCUUUUUAAGUACUAUAUUUUAGCAUUAGACAAUACAUAUGAUGUUGGGGAUCCCCGCACAUGGAAAAGUGUGUGUAUAAAAUGUAAUUCCGCUCGAAGUUAAUGAACUCUCCAUUGACAUGCUGCUUUUAGACACAAUUGUAAUGACUGUUGUUCAAGUAUUGUUUGUGUGUGUUUAGUAUACCUUGUAAAUUAUCAGCAACAGAAAUACCAGGCGGAAAUCGAAUUCUAGUUAAAAAUUUUAUUGCGAAGAAGAAGAGAAGAAGAGAAAAAAGAAGAAGAAGCAAGAAGAAGAAGAAGAAGAAGAAGAAGAAGAAGAAGAAGAAGAAGAAGAAGAAGAAGCCUGUCUUCCAAUUGAAUCAAGUGAUUUUAAAAUUGUUACUUCUAACCAUGCUAAUUCUAACCAUGAUAUUCUUAUUAAAGAAAGCUUACUGA